AUGGACACAUGGCUCAAAACAGGGCGAUUAUUAUCAGUAGAGAAGGCUGGUUUAACAUCUACAUGUAAAAGUCACACUUCGUCUAUUCCAUCGGAAAACUCGACUUCUCACUGUGAAGCUGCUCCUCUCCAAAAAGCCACUAUCGAAAAUGAAGCAUCUCUAUCUAAGGAAUACACUCAAAUCAAUUGUUCAAAAGUUAAAAAAAGACGAUAUGAUGAAGAAUAUUUAUCUUUUGGAUUUAUUCCUAUUGGAAUUGACACGUUUCCUGAUGUGAGGUGCGUAGUUUGUGAGAAAGUUCUCAGUAACAGUUCUUUGGCUUCUGCGAAGCUAAAGCGAUAUUUGGAAUCUAACCAUCCAAAUCUGAAGUGGAAAUGUCCGGAUUUCUUUAGAAUGAAGAAAGACAUUUCAAUUGAAAGUGCGACUUCUCUUACUAUCUAUGUAAAAGACGAAAAUGAGAAAAACACAGAGGCUUCAUUUAAAUUGAGUUAUAAUAUUGCACGUGCCGGAAAACCUCACACCAUUGCCGAAAGUUUGAUUAAACCUAGUAUGAUAGAAGUGGUCUCUUGUAUUCUCGGAGAUGAUGCGGGAAGAAAAGUUGCAGCAGUGCAGUGCUCAAACAAUACCAUUUCUGAUCGAAUUCAUAACAUUUCUGAUCACAUUGAAGAUGAAUUUGUUUUUAGAUUAAUUAACUGUAACCAAUUUUCCUUACAAAUGGACGAAAGCACCGAUGUUUCUGGGUUAUCCAAUGUUUCUGGGUUAUCCAUACUAAUUGUUUUUGCUAGAUAUGCUCAUGAGAAAACCAUUCAAGAAGGAUUGCUUAUUUGUGAAAGUUUGGAAACGCAUACCACAGGAGAAAACAUUUUUGAUGUAGCUGUUCAAGAAGCCUUGUGA